GCCAAUGUUCAUAAGGUUUCGCUCGCAUCUACGGAAGUGUUGGCUAUGUAUACCGCCCAACAACGUGACGCGCCAUACUCAAAGUGACGCGGCAACAAGAAACCUUGGAGACAUGUGCCAAAAGGAACACCCCUCUGAACUGAACAUAGGAAACAUGACCACCUGGGCACACAUAAGCGACUUUCAGGCUGCAGUUGACAUCCAAAUUCUCCCCUCUUCAGGGCGUCAGUGCCGACCGUCACUCGAAACAGCUCAUGACCAGCGAUAAUCAUAAAUGGCGUCGACCGAGAAACGCUGGUUGACUGCUCCGAAUUCGAGAUUAAGCAAAUCCGAUCUUUGUACAAUUCUUCGCAAGGAAGCGGCCUGGGAGACACUGCCUCUCGAAACGCGACAGAGGAUUUACGCUCUGCUUCCAGCGUCCUCCGACAACAUUACCACCCACGAUGCCAACCUCCAUCCUUUGAAAACGACCUACAAGCGCUUCAUCGAGGUUGCCCUUCGAAAGUGGCAAGAUGAUCUCGUGAACGGCCGGCAAUCAAAAAAAUGGCGAGAAGAAGCCAUGCAGGCCAGUCAAGAUCAUGCCGACGGAAAAUGGAAUGAUCUCAGCUCCGUACAGCGGCAACAAUAUUGGGCAGAUGGAUCAAAGGUCCCUUCCGUCAUAGGCGUUGAUAAUCCUGCUGAGACUCCAGACGACAAGAACUUCCGCCAACAGGACACGAUAAUGGACGAUGAUCAUACGGCCAUUGAGGCACGGGAGUGAGUUGGGGCGAGGCAUGCCAGUAGGGUGCUCAGGUGCAAGUUAUUACCUACCUAGGUAGGCAUUGCUGAAUUUAAGGGCUGAGCGGAGGAAAAGCUCCAAGCUGGCGGUACAAUGACGCGGGAAAGAGCCCUUGGAUGCUCGUUUUGAACCUUUGGAAUAUUUGUUCACGCCACGACGAUGCGCUUUCUGUAAUAAACCGAUAUGGCACCGCCAUCAAUACAACAUCGUCGCACGCACAAUCUACUGUUAAUCUCCAAAUUGCUCAACCAACGCGAUGCAGCAUCGCCUUUCACGUUGGUUCUCGAUAGCCUUGAGCAAUCGGCGAGGCCGCUAUUAGUC